UGUCCUAGACUUUCUAUACUUUUCUCAUUUUAUUCUGCAACUUCACUACUGGCACAAAUCACUCAAACGCUCGCGGGCAACGAAAACGUACCUAAACCCAUCUGAUCGUAGCGCAGUCCUCUCAAUCCAACGGAUGUGAAUUAUUGUGCUGCAUAAUACAUUUUUAAAGACGAAGCACAAUAUACGCCAGCCACCCUUCAGUUUCCGGUGCUCGGCCCGCACAGAGCAAGACAUGUUGACAACAAACAUCAUUCUCGCUGCUCUGAUUCCCUUGCUAUGCGCUAUCUUAUACCUUCCUACAGCAACUGAGAAUGCAUUGAAUCUUCCUUCACUAAAGAAAGAAAACAUCCUAUUUCUUACCGCCCAUCCAGACGACGAGUGCAUGUUCUUUGCGCCCACCAUUAUUUCUCUGCUGCCUCAUGCCCAGGUCCACGUUCUUUCGCUGUCCACAGGAAAUGCCGACGGUCUGGGAGAUAUUCGGAGAGCAGAGUUGAUGGAAAGUUUGGACGUUCUUGGUGUAAAGGAAGGAAAUAGACAUGUUGUUGAUCACCCUACUCUCCAGGAUAACAUCACUGCAUCCUGGGAUGCUAACAUCAUCUCAGAUAUCCUGGACGUCUACGUAUCAGACUUGGAGAUUACUACGAUAUUGACGUUUGACCGAGCGGGCAUUUCUGGACAUCCAAACCACCGGUCGCUACCAGAAGGCGUGAAGCAUUUCAUCGAGACAACAGCCUCACAACCUCUUCCCAAGUUCUUCGCUUUAAUUAGCGUCCCCACGUCAACGAAAUAUGUCGGAAUUCUCACUCCUCUGCUGGCCAAAUUUGACUUGUCCAGUACGAAACUUUUAUAUGGUAUCGCAGGCUUCUUAGGUGCGCCGGGACAGACGGAUAAAAUGCCGGUCUUUGUAGCAGGAGUGAAAGAGUAUUUGACUGCCCAUCGAGCGAUGCGGGCACACAAAAGCCAGUUGGUCUGGUUUCGGUGGUUGUAUGUGUUGUUUUCGAGGUAUAUGUGGGUGAAUGAAUGGAAUUUAGUACAGCUUAGAUGAUAAUGA